AAAGGCAACCUUUCAAAAGGUUAUACUUUGAGGUUUGGCAGGCAUUUUUGGCCAGGCAAAGGUCAGUGUGGGGACUCUGAAGGUGUCAAGGGCUGCCAAGAGACCUUGGAAGGUGGAACAUGCAUGCACUUUGUUCGUUCUGGUCUACAGAGAUGCUCAGAGGCCCAAAGACUCAUGGAUGCAAAUGUGACUUGGAGAUGUGUGGAUGCCACAGUGGUAUCCAUUUAGGAAGAUCAGGGAAUAGAGAGCACACGUUGGGUAGGUUCCUGGUCCUUUACCAGAGUUGCUCCCUCCCUCCCUGUGCUUCCUCCUCUGCAUCUCUCUCCCGCUCCCUUCCUCUCUUCCUCACUCUUAUAUUCCCCUGGGGUUACAUCAUCCUUUCCUGUCGGAAGGCAUGAAAGCAGUUGUGGAAUGAUAAUAUUUAGACUUUGAUAUCCUCGUGACCCCCACCGUUGGGGCAGCAGGCCUGCUAUAGGCACCCCGUGACUCACUCACGCUCUAGACCCAGAGUAUGUGUGUAAAAGCAAGGGAGGAGGGAAGGGGGGAGAGAGGAUGUGGGUAGAGUGAAAGCCAAGGGGAAGGGCAUCAACUCCUGCCCUGAAGGGUGUUCGUGUAUAUAUACCCGUGCCGACUGGCUGGGAGCAAACCCAUGUGGACUGAGACAGCUCUAAGGGAACAGAAGGAAUUCUCCCUUUUUAAGACAUUUUAACUGAUUGGAUUUGGGGUCCUUUAAAAAAAAUUCAAAUAUAUAUUAAAAAUCCAUCCUCAACCCCAAUAGAAACUUCUUUCAACCAUUCUUGGUGGACUGAAAUUUCUUUUUGGGACUCACCAAGAGUCCAAGUGUUUGCUUCUGGGUGAUAAGUGGGAUCCAGAACUCUCCAGUUCUUCUCUGGAGAAAAGAGUAGUGUCCGGGGAGCUACAAGACUCCAAGGCUGAGAACUAGAACCUUACGUUCACCUCUUAGCAUUUUUCAGGCAUCUGGCAUUUCUUUUGCCAUUUGGCCUUCCUCGUUUCUUGGACCAGACCACCUUCAAGCCAUGGUGGUCGUUUCUGUCCCUCUUGGAUGCAAAGACUACCUUCUCUUUCUCGUCAGCCUAGUUUUCUGGGCUGCCUUGCUCCGCACAGCUCCUGCUCUUCCCUUGCGGAAUUCCAACCCCAUCUACCAAUUUGAUGGGCAGGUCCGGCUUCGGCACCUCUACACAGCAGAUGAACAGACGCACCUCCACUUGGAGAUCUUGCCAGACGGUACCGUGGGUGGAUCCAGGUUUCAGAAUCCCUUCAGUUUGAUGGAGAUCAAAGCUGUGAAGCCAGGAGUCAUUCGCAUGCAGGCCAAGAAGACCUCUAGAUUUCUCUGUAUGAAACCCAAUGGACGACUGUAUGGCUCGCUGUUCUACUCUGAGGAGGCAUGCAACUUCCAUGAGAAGGUUCUCAGCGAUGGCUACAACCUCUACUAUUCUGAAAACUACAACAUACCUGUCAGCCUCAGCUCGGCAGGGAACCUGGGUCAGAGCCGUCAGUUGCCUCCCUUCUCCCAAUUCCUGCCGUUAGUCAACAAAAUUCCUCUUGAGCCUGUGCUUGAAGACUUUGACUUCUAUGGACAUCAAUUGGAUGUUGAAUCAGCUGAUCCUUUGAGCAUUUUAGGACAAAACCCUGGUUUCAUGAGUCCGAGUUAUGUCUUCGGAUAAAUGGGGAUUCUUGAUUGGUUGGGGGGGGGGGGAUUUUGAGGUCAAACUUUUAAGUAGAGCUUUUGCUGAACCUGGAGUCCUGGGUUUUCUUGCCAUGAACACAAUAAAGCAUUCACAUUUGAUGCGAGAAGAGGGGAAGAAGGAGGACAUUGCAUUUCAACAUAGAUGCUGAAAUGAUUGAAAUCUUUAUAUUUAUUGACUCCAGCAUCCCAAAAUUGCCCAAUGUUGGGUUGAAUCAAUGUUUUUAUGUGUUUCUAGGUCACAUACACACUGCUAACCAGAAGUACAGACAAAGAUAUUGGGGUUUUUGAACUAUUUUUACUUGUUUUUUUUCUUACACUGUAAUUGUUCAACCUUUUCAACUUGUGUUCUUCCCGCACUAUUUAAAUAACUUAUUUAUUAUAUGUCAGAUUUAUUUAUUGAGCAAUGCAGAACAGACAGUCAUAAUAAGGAUUUUUGUGCUGACAAAUAAUUUAUGUAUUAUUAUUAUUAUUAUUUAUACACUAGUAUGUAUAUAUGUAUAUAAUUUAUAUUUUUCCAUAUUUAUUUCCCUUCCUGGAAAGAGAAUGGCUAAUAAAGUCUGUUCUGUGUUUGUAAAGCUCCUGUGCCUUAGAUUUUCUUUACUGGUGCUCUCCUCCUUCCUUUUCAAUGAAUACUUGAGAAGGAGGAAAGCAGUGGCAAUGCAGAUGUGGGCUUUUGUUGUGCUGAAGAGACCACAGCAAAUAAUAAGAUUUUGAGACUUGUUUUUUCCCACUUUGACCACAGUUCUUCAUAUUUGCAAAUAUCAAGUUUUAUAUGAUUCUUGUCAUACCAGCAAAAAAUAAGACAUAAGAAGCAACUGAUAAGCAUGUAAAAUAGACUGAUUUCAACUGAGUUUCCAGUUCAAGUUAUUUUAAAGCUGAGACAGAGAACUUGUUGCUUUCCAUUUGUCACUGGACUAUAAAUCCCAUCAGUCUUUCACUGCUACCUAUGCGGGCCAUGACUGCUGGGAGUUUUAGUCCAACAUGACCUGAAGGGCAUCAGAUGGUCUCAUCCCAAAUCACCCCAUCCCUACCGACUGCAAUUCAUGCAGAAAAUAGUUUAAGUUCAAUGCUGUUUUUAUUUAUUUAUUUAUAUGCUCUAUUGAUCUUUCCUGGAACUACUGCAUUUUUUCAGCAUUUGUGUUUUAUGGCAAACAGUGGUAUGUCCGUGUGAUUUCAAAGUAGUGUGAUAACACUGAGAUUUCUCAGCAUAACAGUUUUGUUACUGUAUCUUCCUUUUUUAUUACGUAGUUCCUUGUGUUUCCUGUUGAACAGUGCUAUGAAUACAGUGAGAUAUGUACUGUAAAAAGAAUGUGAAUAAAGCAUUGGUUUUAAAA